AUGUGGCUACCAGGCGAACCGCGUUCUCGCUACAGCACCACUCCAGAAUCGGGCUUCAACGCACCAGCAGCAUCGACUCCACGAGGUGACGCCCAGUCGCCCAAGGCACCGAGCCCACAAGCUCACCCUCCACGCUCAAGCCCAAGAGACAAAUCAACCACCAGGUUGCGAGGCCCCUCCGGCAAGCCCGAACCCAAGGAUUUCCCCCCCAAGUUAGCUGCCAGAGGUGGCCCGUCGGGUAAAAGCAAGGGCCUGGCAGGUGUGGAUGAAGGCGGUAGAUCUCCGGUCUUUUCCGGUUUCCGCAAAGAGGGAGGUAAGUCGAAGACGGAACCACGAGACGGCAUCGUCGAGAGAGCAAUAUCGGAAGCAGAGGACCUGGUUGUUUGCGUGCUUCAUCCUGGCGGAGAGCAGGACGAUCGCGAGACAGAAAGCUCCGCGCGGCCGCCCCCUCUCCUCCGGUCGUUUGACGACGAUUGGGAGGCGAUCCGCACGCGGAGAGAGUACGUGCCCGAGCCGUUGGAGCCUGAGAGUGCUCCUCUGGCGACAGAGCCGUUUUCCACAUCAUUGCCAGUCAGCGGGAAUUCAACCGUCUUGGACCGUAUGGGCGCGUGUGACGUCGUGCUUGCCCGACGUGUUGGUCCGGGGGAGGUGGUGAAGGAGCUCCACCUUUUGCCCAUCCACGAUAGGGUGGACCCAUGGAGCAGCGAGGAUGAAGGCGACCCUUCACGGGACAAAGCCCGCAGUCAUCCCGUGGAUCCUUGUUGUCGCUUUGUGCUUUUGACAAGCAAGGGUGCCACGGUUUGCCUUGUUCGCGCCGCGCUCACUGCAUCCGAGGCAAGUUCAAUGUUUCCAGCAUUGGGCCGUUCGUCAGGAAGGGCUUCCCCCUCUCGGCCACGGUCUUCAUCUUUCGCGCUUGGUCAAGAGCAAGGGCGGGGAUCACCCGAUCGUAAAAUCCCCCCUGUCGGUAGUCGUUGCAGCUCGUCGACUACCGAUUCCCAUGCUGUUGAUGGCGGGAUCUCUGCUGGUGGUGUCGCCGAGGAUUCACAGCAGCUCGUCGUGUUCUUGCGUCAAUCCUACCGUUUCAACAACGACAUGUUAGUGGCUUCCAUCACAAGCGCCUUUUUGUUCGUCCUCACUGUGGAGGGGGUGGAAGUGUGGACCUACCCAUCUGAGAAUCUGCCGGUGACCGACGGACAGGGGAGGAAAUGGUCGGAAGAUGGCAGAUUCGGGGAUAUGGGGGUGCCGCUUUCGUCACCCGCUCAUGCGUCGCCUCGGCCGUGCCUUCUGCACGUACAAAAGCUCGAGGUUGAUGGUGUGCUGCCGCGAUCACCGGCGCGUUGUAUGGUGCCCCUCGGAGGAGAAACACCAGGGCUUUUACUCUUCCCACCACCGCUGGCCACCAAGCCUCCUUCCCCAACCACGCCAUUGUCGGCAUGGCCGGGGGGCGAUAACAAUGUGGGGCAAGACUUCUGGCCGCGCAAGUUCGCCGCAUGGCGAGACGGGUUCUGCGGUCUAGGUGGAAGUAAAGCUACUGAAUACACCCCAUCCCCACUGGCGUUGUUUCUUCGACUCCGAAGUCCAACAGAGGCUGUUCGUCUUCUUUCCGUCGCCGAGGAACGCUCUGAGCGCCCUCAUCCGGCAAAGGCUUCUGCCAUGUUUUUGUCGGCUGCGGAAGGACUACACAAUGCGCUGACGUUUGAAGUCUCUGCUGCAUGGCGUGCUGCAGUCGGUCUCGCGGGAACUGCGAGCACUCUGGCAGGCCAUGCCAGUAGUUCAUCGGCGGCUGAGCAGAUGGGAGGUACCGGUGGGCAACCGGAGGCCCCACGGCAAGGACGCAGCGCCCUCGCCGCGGACUCGCAGAUCCUCCAACUCGCCUGCGAGAGACAUCCCACCUUGGUGGCGCCUUUGAGGGGUGGGGCCGGACCGUUGGCAAGAGAUUUACUCGCGGCAGGCAGGGUAAAGCCGGUUGUGGCGGCGCUGGUUACCCUGACUUCUUGUGGUGACGGUGGCGGGCGAGCAGGGUGCGGCGAGGGUUCCUUUGGACCACACAAAGCGCGGGAAUUGCUACAGCUCAAGGACGACUGUUUUUCGCCUAAGAUCGAUCCCCUGCAAGCGCUCUACGUAUUCGGAGCCCCGGGCCGGCAGAUCGCACAGCGCUUGGGCUCUUUCCGCCGGGCAUCGUUGGACUUGUCAGGGCCCUUCUGUUCCACGAUCGAAGCUCGCCCAGGUCUUUUCCACGACGAUGCGUACGAGCAGAACAGCGAAGCAGUCGACAGCCGACCGAACCCCAGCGAAACAAAGGCAUUGUCAGCUGCGGCGCGGGAUUUUCUCAGUCGACGCUGUUCGGCUUCUUUGGCGACAGCGGUCCUUUCUGUUAGACAUCAGGAGAGGAUAUCCCAAGCUCUAGCGUGCCGUCGCUUCGGCAUGCUGCCCGUGACGCGCUGCGUCUCCUGUGGACCAUUUCCACACGGGUUUCUUCUUCUCGCACCGGAGCUUGAUCGGAUCGUGACCAUAUCUGCGCAUGUAUCCGUCGAUUAGCCAGCUCCGCACCCCACCCUUGCCGUCCAUACCGCUGAUGUCCCUUAUCUGGUUCAUACAGGGCGCUCCUGAAGCUUGGCGCGCAUCGUUGGCACGCACACGUGCCUUGGACCGCGCCGUACUCCGCUACCUGAUUAGCGCUCAUCUCGACGACUUGCGCGCACUUGAGAACUCAGCUGCGGGGAACCCCAAGGCCAUAGACGGCAAGCCAACCGCGGGUACAGGACAGAGCAGCGGCUCCGUGAAAACGGGAAGCGAUACCCGGACCAACAACCACAGAGAUCGCGAGUAUAGCACAUGGGCCGACGCAAUAGUGCCGCUGCUGUCUGGUCAGGUGUCCAGGGCGCGUGGUGCAGAAGAACACGUUGACGCAAUCCUGCGUCUCGUUCGUGAGAUUACGCGGCGAGGUAGUAACGCCAACAACAGCCUGAGCGAUGGCAACGGGUGUAGCAUGAGCCAUGAGGUAGCGGAGGAAGUCGUGACGGAAGCCAAACGCCGCCUUCCGGCCACCGAGCUCUCUCCAGCUUCGGCAGGUGCUUCGGUGGACUACGACGGCAACGGUCACAUUGAUGAUGACACCCAACCAUGGGGUUCAGGGGGAGAAGGGACGGGAAAAGGGCGCGCCCCGUGGCCUUGGGGUCCACGAGCAGUACCCGCAAGUGCCGUAGGAGCUAUCCUAGCUCUCGCG